AUGGUAGAAGAAACUGAUGUUGCUAAUAAACCACAUCGACCAAGGCAAAGUGGCCGUAAAGCACUGAAAAAGAAAGCAAAAGGCAAAAAUCCAAAAGCUUUCACUUUUAAAUCUGCAGUCCGUGCUGGUCGCGCUAUUCGAAGAGCGGCGGAUAUAGUCGAGAAGAAGACCCGUAUUCCUGAAACAGACAGGACUCCGUUGGAACCGCCACCUUUGGCGGUGGUGAUUACAACCCUUAUGCGAUGCCUCAUUAAAAACUACACCCGUCAGAGUCUUCACCAAGUCAACGGACCUGUCACAGUAGUAACGGGCAGGAAGCGGCGUAUCACGUUGAUGGAAUGCAAUAAUGACAUAAACUCGAUGAUCGAUGUUUCGAAAGUGGCUGAUCUGGUGCUGUUGCUAAUCGACGCCAGUUUCGGUUUUGAAAUGGAAGUAUUUGAAUUUCUGCACAUAUGCCAAGCCCAUGGCAUGCCAAAGAUUAUCGGCGUCUUGACCCAUUUGGAUUUGAUUAAGAGCGCUAAGCGCCUGAAAAAGACCAAGAAGGAACUAAAGCAGAGGUUCUGGGUCGAAAUCUAUCAGGGAGCUAAGCUGUUCAACUUGAGCGGAAUGGUUAACGAACAGUAUUCAAAAAACGAUGUUAAGAAUCUUGCCAGGUUUAUAUCCGUUGUUCGAUAUCAUCCACCGACAUUUCGAACUUUACAUCCUUACCUCAUAAUGGACAGAAUGGAGGAUCUGACGGAUGCCGAAAAAAUUCACUCAAAUCAAAAGUGUGAUCGAACGGUUUCCUGUUAUGGUUAUGUACGCGGAAGUAAUUUUCAAAACCAUUCUACCGUCCACAUGCCAGGCGUAGGCGAUUUUCGGAUCAGCGAAAUCACCAGUCUUCCUGACCCUUGUCCGUUGCCGGAAAAAGAGAAGAAACGUUCUCUGAGUGACAAGGAGAAACUUAUUUACGCUCCUUUUUCCGGCGUUGGAGGCAUAAUGCUCGAUAAAGAUGCGGUGUACAUCGAACUUGGUGGCUCCCACUCUCACGCUGCGGUAGGUCUUUCGUUUCGUGGUAGUUUAUUCGAUCUCGCGGCGAUAAAAGACAAUUUUGUGACGGGCAACUGGGGUCUCGACGAGGAUGCGGAAGCGCUGCUGAACCGUAUGGAAAGUGAGUACAAAUUUUACCAAGAAAUGAAAGAGACGCUGAAUCAGCAGUCAGAAACGAAUAAAUCUGCAUUCGCCAUGAUGAAUGAGGAAAUGCGGGUUCAGUUUGAAGGCUACCGGCCAGGGUUGUAUGUUCGCAUUAAAUUGGACAACGUGCCUUACGAGUUGGUGAACAACUUUGAUUCCGCCUACCCCUAUCUCCUGUGCGGUCUUUUGCCAGGUGAAGAGAACGUUGGUUUUGUACAGGUGCGGAUCAAAAGGCAUCGGUGGCACAAUCGUAUCCUGAAAAGCUACGACCCUUUGAUAAUGUCGCUUGGCUGGCGACGUUUCCAAUCACUUAUGGUGUACAUGGUUCAAGACCACAACGGAAGGAAUCGGCUGCUUAAGUAUACCCCAGAGCACAUGCACUGUUGUGCUCUCUUUUGGGGACCUCUAACUCCGCAAAACACCGGCUUCAUCGCCGUGCAAAGCGUUGCUUCGACAUCGAAAGAAUUCAGACUUGCGGCAAACGGUGUAGUCCUAAACUUGGACAAGUCGCUGACAGUGGUGAAAAAGUUGAAGCUUAUCGGUACCCCCUACAAGGUGUAUACGAAAAGUGCGUUUGUCGAAGGUAUGUUCAGUUCUACUCUGGAAGUUGCCAAAUUUGAAGGCGCCGCGUUACGAACGGUCAGCGGCUUAAGGGGGCAGAUUAAAAAAGCGUUGCGCAGCCCACCAGGUGCUUUCCGUGCUAGCUUCGAGGACAAGAUUUUGCUCAGGGACAUAGUCUUUUUACGCGCUUGGUAUCCGGUCGAAAUUCCAAAGUUCUAUGCAACGGUGACAAAUCUGUUAUAUACUGGCGAGGAGAAGUCAAAAUGGCAGGGUGUCAGAACCGUCGGACAGUUGCGCUUCGAGAUGGGUCUGAAACCGGAAAUCAAGGAAGAUUCUCUAUACAAGCCAAUCGAAAGAAAGCCGCAUGUGUAUGCACCCCUAGUGAUUCCAAAGCAUUUGGAGCAGAACUUGCCAUUCGCACAAAGGCCGAAGUACGCGGAGAUCGUCCAGAAAUCAGUAAUUCCAAAAAUUAUCAAGAAGCACACUGCCGUUGUCCUCGAGCCACAUGAGAGCAAGGUAUGCAUAACGCAGCUCAGCGCUGAGCGGCGACGUUCAGUAAUCGUUCUUGGCCCUUUGUUUAAACGACGGCCUUCAUUCUGUAUCAUACCGUUGAUCUCACUGAGGCAAUGCAUAAGCUGA